AUGAUGGACAUUGACGAUCGAGAGGACUCGUCAACAUUUGACGGGACAUCCAACAAAUCAAAGAGGCAACGACAACGCGUCCAGGUCGAUCAUACCUCCUUCGAUCUAGACACUCUGAACUCCUACUCUGGCCAUACAAAAGUGGAGCGACUCAUCUACGUCGCUGAACGAUGUCCUCCACUCCAAAUCGACGCCUUACGAUUGGCCCUAUCCGAACUCAAACGUACAAUGAAUGCAACUCGAUACCUCUUUGUAUCCAAUCGCCUCAAUGAAGCUCUGUCUGCAAAAGGCCAGGCUUCCGUCACGGCAGACACUGCCUGGACUGAUCGAACAAACAAAGAGGCCAAAGUCAAGACUGAGAAACUAGAGGCCGAAUUGAAGAAUUACAAGAACAAUAUGAUCAAAGAAUCUAUAAGGAUGGGUCAUAAUGACUUGGGCGAUCACUACUACAAUUGCGGGGACUUGAGCAAUGCAUUGAAAUGCUACUCUCGUACUCGUGAUUAUGUCACUACUCCAAAACAUAUUGCUGACAUGUGUAUGAAUGUCAUCAAGGUUUCCAUUGAACUUGGCAACUUUGCUCAUGUCCACAGCUAUGUCAUGAAGGCUGAAACAACACCCGAUAUACCAGACAAGAAUAUAGUCAUGGCAAAGCUCAAGGCUAGUUCUGGUUUGGUCAAUCUCGAUGCAGCCAAAUUCAAAAAGGCUGCCAAAUGCUUUCUCGAAACCAGUUUCGAAAUGCAAGGUCAUUAUUCUGAGAUAAUAUCUCCGAAUGACAUUGCUGUGUAUGGAGGACUUUGUGCGUUAGCGUCGUUCGAUCGAACAGAGCUACGCACAAAAGUGUUUGAAAACAGCGACUUCAAGCAAUACUUGGAAUUGGAACCUACUGUGCGAGAGCUCCUAUAUUCAUUCUAUAAUUCCAAGUAUGCUACUUGCUUGCAAAUCAUGAAUCGCAUGAAGAAUGAUUUGCUAUUGGAUUUCUAUCUCAGCAAUCAUGUGGAUAUACUCAUGGCCAACAUUCGCAAAAAGGCACUCGUACAAUACUUCUCACCCUUCCAAUCUGUUGACAUGAACAAGAUGGCCACGGCCUUCAACACCACAGUGGCUCAACUUGAACCAGAAAUUGCUGUUCUGAUUCAAGAGAAUGCCAUACAAGCUCGUAUUGACAGUCACAAUAAGGUCUUGAGGGUGAAGAAGACGGAUCAAAGGACCAAGAUCUUUGAAAAGUCUCUUGAAAUGGGAGCCGAUUAUGAGAAACAGGCCAAGUACAUGCUUUUACGUAUGAAGCUCAUCAAGGCUGAUAUGGUUGUCCGCGAAGAGCGAUAA